AUCCUGAAGGGGAUUUACCCCCACGAGCCCAAGCACAAGAAGAAGGUGAACAAAGGCUCCACCGCAGCCAGGACCUUCUACCUCCUCAAAGACAUCAAAUUCCUCCUCCACGAGCCCAUCGUCAACAAGUUCCGGGAAUAUAAGGUGUUUGUCCGGAAGCUCCGGAAGGCGUACGGGAAGAGCGAGUGGAGCACCGUAGAGCGGCUGAAGGACAACAAGCCCACCUACAAGCUCGACCACAUCGUGAAGGAGAGGUACCCAACCUUUGUGGAUGCGCUGCGGGACCUGGACGAUGCCCUCUCCAUGUGCUUCCUCUUCUCUACCUUCCCACGGACGGGCAAGUGCCACGUCCAGACCAUCCAGCUCUGCAGACGCCUGGCCGUGGAGUUCCUCAACUACGUCAUCGCCUCCCGCUCCCUGCGCAAGGUCUUCCUCUCCAUCAAGGGCAUCUACUACCAGGCCGAGGUGCUGGGAUCUGGCGGUGGCCAUGGUUCUCCAGACCUCACUCACCCUACAGACGUGGAUUACCGUGUGAUGGCCACCUUCACCGAGUUUUACACCACUCUUCUGGGCUUCGUCAACUUUCGCCUCUACCACUCCCUCAACCUGGUCUACCCCCCCAAGAUCGAUGGCCACGCUGAUGUUGAGCUGAAGCCCGCAGAGGGCACUGAGUAUGCCAUGGAUUCAGAGAGCUACCUGGAGAAACUGUCAGCUCUGAGCGCCAGCCUGGCUCGUGUGGUGGCACCGACCCAUGAGGAUGAGGUGGAGAUGGAUGAGUUCCCAGUGGAGGGGGAGACUGCGGAGCAGAUGGACGCAAGGAAGAAGGAGCAGGAGGCCCUGGAGAAGCACAAAAAGCUGUUUGAAGGCCUGCGCUUCUUCCUCAACAGGGAGGUGCCUCGAGAGCCACUGGCCUUUAUCAUCCGGUGCUUUGGUGGCCAGGUCUCCUGGGACAAGUCCCUGUGCAUCGGUGCCACCUACGACAUGAACGACCCCUCCAUCACCCACCAGAUUGUUGACCGGCCCCGGGUGGAGCAGCAGAUUGUUGGCAGGUACUACCUCCAGCCUCAGUGGGUCUUUGACUCCGUCAAUGCCAAGCUGUGCCUCCCCGUGGCUGACUAUUUCCCUGGCGUGCUGCUGCCCCCGCACCUCUCGCCCUUCGUGACGGAGCAGGAAGGAGACUACGUCCCUCCCGAGAAGCUGAAGCUGCUGGCCAUGCAGAGGGGCGAGAACCCAGGUGAUGUGAGGCUCCGAGAUGAAGAGAGUGAGGAGGAGGAUGAAGAAGGGGAGGAGGAGGAGGAGGAGGAGGACAAUGAUAAAGAAGAGGAGGAGGAAGAUGAGUCUGAAAAGGAAGAGGAGAUGAAAUUAAAGAAGAUGGAAGAGCAGAAGACUCAGAGCAAUAAGGCGCUUCCCGUGAAGGUGACCGCUGGCAAGCUGCGGCUGGAGGACAGGCAGCGCCUGGAGCAGGAGCAGCAAAGCGAGGAGAAGCGUCUGGCUAUCAUGAUGAUGAAGAAAAGGGAAAAAUAUCUCUACAAGAAGAUCAUGUUUGGCAAGAAGCGCAAAGUCCGAGAGGCAAACAAACUCGCUGCGAAGAGGAAAGCCCACGACACUGCCGUGAAAGAGGAGAAAAAGAAAAGCAAGAAGGCGCGACGAGCGUGA